AUGACCGAUUCGUACCGGAUAUUGACUAUCUCCGAUAUCCAGGGCAAUCUCCAUGCCAUUCCCGAGCUCUAUAACCAGGAGCUCCAGAAAGGGAAUCCUAUAGAUGCUAUUAUCCACACAGGCAAUUUCGGGUUCUGGGACAACGACACCAUUGACGAGUAUAAAGACCUCAGCUAUUUGAAGCAGAUUGUGGCGUUUCUGGAAGUGCUAGAGCCAGAAAUCGUAGAAGAACUCAACAACAUCACAGCAAUAACAAUUCCAGCACCAACUCCAAUGCAUAUUCCAGCACUAAUGUUUCGGCUGAAGCUCGCUGAAUCGCACAACUCCAUAAGUCAAUUCUCGAUGUACUUGAAAGGCGAAUUUCGGUUCCCCUGCCCCGUUUACACCAUUUUUGGUCCCCUUGAUGACCCUAAAAUCGUAGAAAAGAUCCACAGCAAGGAGUAUGUAGUUUCGAACUUGUUCUUGAUUGACCAUACCCACAACUGGGAGAUCGUUACUCCUCUUGAGUCGCAACCUAACAUCAGAUUGUACGGAAUUGGGGGAACUCUCAAGAUCCACAGUCUCUUUGACAAUGGCAACCUCAAUUACGCUUCCUGUAGCGGUAAAGUUGGCGAGUUGUGGAUCACGUUGAUCCAAGUAGCGGAAUUGUACAUCAACUUCAUGAACACCAGCACUUAUGAUCCUACAUCUAAUUCGCCUACAUCUUCUGGUACGAUCAAUAUCUUUGUGAGCCAUGCUCCCGUAAUUAAGAUGCCUCUAUUGGAGCAUUUGGCGAUCAUUACCGGUGCUGACUUCACCAUUAGUCAAGGCUUACAUUUCAGGUAUCCAGUUAUGGGGAACGGUAUGAGUUUUGUAGAUAGUAUGGGAGGUUCAGCUGGGUAUAUCGAGAACUACCGGUCCAAAUUUUCUCGUCUUCGUAUGAUUCUUGGCGAGUUGUGGCUCAUCAUAAAAGAUGAAUUGUUGGAGUUAUUGGUAUCCAACGAAGUUCCCAUCACAGCACAGCGAGAAACGCUUCGAAACCUAAUAGAAGUAGGCCUCAGUCUUUUCGACAAAAUCCCCAUUUCCAUCAACGAUUCAAUUGACAAAAUCAUUCCGUUAAGUUUACAGCAAGAAUUUGAAGAAGACCUUGCAACCAACAAGCGUAUAUUGAAGAAGAUUAACGAUUUCUACUUCCAGGCCUACUACAACUUGUGGCACUUCAACCUCUGUGACCAUCUCUCGACGCCUCAUGCCAGCAUUCGUCUGUCUCCCCACGAGUAUAAUGUAAUGAUCUUCAAGCUAGAUAAGGCUGGGAACUUCAAGCUAGACCAUUCAAAUAGUCAAGGGUUCAAUUUCAACUUCAAGGUUCAGGAAAACAAAAAUUCCGCAGGAGAAAGCGACGUACUCGAAGAGGAUAACCAGUACGACAGGGCCAACUCCAGUUUCUCAGGCAUAGAGUACUCGCCCAAAACAGGCAUCAAGAAACCAUUACUAAGAGCAUCUGGCGAUUUGGAUCCAGACGCUGAACUAGACGAGGACGAACUCAGAGAUGAGGAUAAUAUAGAAGACUACGAGAGAACCAAACAGUUUAUCAACUCAACAAGGUUCUACAGAGGCAGAAUACGUGGCGGCGGAGGAAGAGGUAAUUCGUUCCGCGGGAACAAGUUCCGUGGCCGUGGCAGACCUUAA